GGGUAAAUAUAAAUCUCACCUUAUCUGGCUCCCGUGCUCUCUUCCCUAAAUUCAGCUCGGAAAAAAGAUGGAUCAUGUGAGCGGGACUGAGAGGUUUAUGGAGCUGAGCUCCCGCGGCUGUAAAUCACCCUGCCCUCCCCUGUAUAAAGCGUCCAUCCAGCACGGCGUGAGAGAGAGGACAAGCUCCCCGCCCCCUGACCCCAAGCUCAGCGCGGGCUCUCGGCCCAGUCAGUGACCCCUGCAAACUCCUCCAGUCGCUUUUUGCCAUGUCCGAGGAGCUGCCCACCGGCCCCAAGGAGAGCCCGCCGGCGCCGCGGGCAGGCCCCCGCGAGGUGUGGAAGAAGGGCGGCCGCUUGCUGUCCGUGCUGCUGUCCGUGAACGUGCUGCUUCUCGCCUGCACGCUCAUCAGCGGCGGCGCCUUCAACAAGGUGGCCGUGUAUGACACCGACGUGUUCGCGCUGCUCACCGCCAUGAUGCUGCUGGCGGGGCUCUGGAUCCUCUUCUACCUCCUUCGCACCGUGCGCAGCCCUGACUCUGUCCCCUAUCGGGACUCACACGCAGGUCCCAUCUGGCUCCGAGGUGGGCUGGUGCUGUUUGGGAUCUGCACUCUGGUCAUGGAUGUCUUCAAGACCGGCUACUACUCCAGUUUCUUUGAGUGCCAGUCAGCCAUCAAGAUCCUGCACCCUCUCACCCAGGCUGUGUUUGUCAUUGUCCAGACUUACUUCCUCUGGGUCUCCGCUAAAGACUGUAUUCACACCCAUCUGGAUCUGACUCGAUGUGGCCUCAUGUUCACCAUCACCACCAACCUGGCCAUCUGGAUGGCGGCCGUGGUGGAUGAAUCCGUGCACCAGGCGCACUCCCACAGCGAUUCUAACAGCAGCACCAGCCACACCCGCCUUGCUCUGGACCUCGAGCGUGCCGGCAGCGCCGUCGGUGGAGACUGCUCCUGCAACACGGCCGUCUGCCAGAUCUUCCAGCAGGGGUAUUUCUACCUGUAUCCCUUCAACAUUGAGUACAGCCUCUUUGCUUCCACGAUGCUCUACGUCAUGUGGAAGAACGUGGGCAGGCUGCUGGCCUCCUCGACCCACGGCCACAGCCACACCCCAUCCCCGGUCAGCCUCUUCCGGGAGACCUUCUUUGCCGGCCCGGUGCUGGGCCUGAUGCUGUUCGUGGUGGGGCUGGCCGUCCUGAUCAUCUACGAGGUCCAGGUGAGCGAGGAGAGGGGCCGCGCCCAGCAGGCCCUGGUCAUCUACUACAGCUUCACCAUCGUCUGCCUGGGGCUCAUGACCUUGGUCAGCCUGAGCGGCUCGGUCAUCUACCGAUUUGAUCGCCGGGCCAUGGACCACCAUAAGAACCCCACGCGCACCCUGGACGUGGCCCUGCUGAUGGGGGCCGCCCUGGGCCAGUACGCCAUCUCCUACUACUCCAUCGUGGCCGUGGUGGUGGGCACCCCCAGGGACCUGCUGGCGGCGCUCAACCUCGCCCACGCGCUGCUCAUGAUCGCCCAGCAGACCUUCCAGAAUGUGUUCAUCAUUGAGAGUCUCCACCGCGGCCCCCCCGGGGCUGAGCCUCACCCCACUCCCCCCAAGGAGCCCUGCCACGGCCUUACCUUCACCAACCUCGACGCCCUCCAUGCUUUGCCCGCCUGCCCACCCACUCCCAGGCUGGUGGGGCCCAACCCAGCAGGACCACAGGAAGCCGUGGGCAGCAUCGUGGCUCCCAGGAGCCCCUGGAAACGCCGGUGCUUGAAGGACAUUGCUCUGUUCCUCCUGCCUUGCAACGUCAUCCUGUGGAUCAUGUCUGCCUUCGGGACCCGCCCUCACUUCAGCAACACCGUGGAGGUGGACUUCUACGGCUACUCCCUCUGGGCCGCCAUCGUCAACAUCUGCCUGCCCUUUGGCAUCUUCUACCGCAUGCAUGCGGUCUCCAGCCUGGUGGAGGUCUACGUGCUGUCCUGAAGCCCUGGAGAGACCUGGGGAGGAGGGGCUCGGCUCAGGAACCCACCCAGAAACCCCCCAGGAAGGAACCCCAGGCAGCAGUCAUGGUGCCAUGAAACGACCCAUGCCCCGCUGGCCCCAGAGUGGAAUUUUCACCAAAAUUAUUUUUCUAGGAUGAAUUUUUUUGGCCACACCUACAGCAUGCAGAAAUUCCCAGGGAGUUCCCAUCGUGGCGCAGUGCUUAAAGAAUCCGACUAAGAACCAUGAGGUUGUGAGUUCGGUCCCUGCCCUUGCUCAGUGGGUUAAGGAUCCAGCGUUGCUGUGAGCUGUGGUGCAGGUUGCAGACGCGGCUCAGAUCCUGCAUUGCUGUGGUUGUGGUGUAGGCUGGCGGCUACAGCUCUGAUUACACCCCUAGCCUGGGAACCUCCAUGUGCCAUGGGAGCGGCCCAAAGACAUAG